AUGGCUCCGAAGGCCAAACGUGCUGGCUCCAAGAAAACCAGGACUUUGAAGCGGCCUGCUGCUGCGAAGCCUCGGGCUCGUCCAGAGCCUGUCCUCCCGAAUAUCACGGAGGAUAAGUUUUGCUUGAAGACCUUCAUCUCAGAUCUCUGGCGGGCCCUUAACAUCCGAAAGACGGACAAGGCUUCAUGGUCGGUUCUUGAGGUUGCUACUUCCUGCAGUGGCGUGGGGACACCGAUCCACUGUUUGGGGAUGAUGUUGGGCAAGGAAUGGAUUCGUGAGCUGUAUGCCGUCGAACAAGAUCCGGCUGCAGCACAGUUCUUGAUGACAAAUUUCGAGCCACUUCAUGUGUUCCAGGAGGCAGCCGACAUCAAGAAUGGCCGGGGCAUGUGCUGGCGGCAUGGAUGCUCGUGCGACGUCCCUUCAGGAGAACAGAUCUUCGUCGCGGGCUUUUCGUGUAAGGCCUUUUCGGUACAGAAUCCUGGCAGAUUCUCUGAGGAUGCCAGUGCCAAGGCCCACGUGACCCUGCAGGCGUGCCAGGACACAAUCCAGCUUCGCAAGCCCCACAUUGUCUUGCUGGAAAACACGAGCGGUUUGAGGUGUGUCAGCGGUGGCGGCAAUCAGGAUCCUUUGCUCAACACGGUCAUGGAGCGCCUCGCUGCUUCGAGUGGCCCAGAUCGUGUCACCAAGUGUGUGAUGGGCGAUGCCUCUCCGCUGCCCUGUGCGAGAAAGAGGAUGCUCUUUUACAACGCAGAGACGACGGUGGCUCAGAGGUUGGAAGACAUGCACAAGCGACUUCAUGAGCGAUGCCAGGCCAUGCCCAAGCACUGUGUGUCCAGCAUGCUUGAGCCGUUGAAUCUGGUGACGUCGGCUUCUGAGGGAAUGCGCGUGACAGAGAAGGCCGAUUUUGAGUCGCGGUAUCACACAGCCUUCUCGAAACAGCUGGCCAAAGCAGUUCACUGUGCCAGACUCCCCAGUGAUGUCAAGAUUCCCAAGGUGCGGCCUUCGAAGCAGUUCUCCCAUGCUUUGACCGCAUGGGAAUGUGCACAGAUCGAUAUCUUUGGCCUUAUGUUGGAUCACCAAAUUUCUAAGGAAGGCUCCAGCGGGAAUGGCAGACCCAAGCUGGCAGAUGUGUCUCAGAGCCCCAACCGUGGCACGUUGUUCACCCAAGGUACUUGUGCGACCGUUUGCACGAGCUCUAAGUGGUACGAGCACGAGUCGCAGACGGUCAUUUCACCCGUCAGCUUCUUUAAGAUUCACGGCCAUCACAUGAAGAAGCUCAAGGGAUGUGAAGUGGGACAUACCUUCUCGGCAGCAGAUAUCCGCCGCUUUGCUGGUAAUGGCAUGGCCUGCACCAUGAUGGUGUGUGCAUUGACUCCUUGUUUGUUAGAGCUCGGCUACCUCCAACAUGUUCCGGCCAGCUCCUAG